AUGACCGAUCAUAUCGAUGGAAGUACGAGUAACGAAGAAUCAUUGAGUAGAAACAAUACUAAUCCGUCAGAGAACUCGCAAAGUGGUGUAGAUGGUGAUAUUAUUUUGAAUAAUAAUAACGGUAGCGCAAAUCAAAUGGAAAAUGUUCCAUUAGAUCUAACAUCAGCUUUGGUACCAACAAAUGGUGAACAGGGUAGAUUGAACACGAUUCCUAACACACGAACCAGCAUAAUGUCGAAUGAUAGAACUAUGUUACCAGUCGUUUCGACGAAUGAUCGGAAUGUCCAACCCCUUUACCGAAAUUCUCAACCUUCAACGAGUUCGUCGCUAACUCACUCUUUUCCUGGAAUUGAAUCAAACGGAAGUCAUAUGAGUUUCAAAUCCGCUUUAGACUUUUUACCGCAAUUUUAUGAUGGUCAGAAUAUUCCGAUUUCAAAAUUUGCUCGUGAUUGUUUAUUCGCGCAAGAAUCUAUUGUAGAAAGAGAAAGGCCCCUACUGCUUCGUAUGAUAAGAUCUCGAUUGCGUGGCGAUGCGGAUCUAUAUUUACAAGACCAAGAGAUCAAUUCAUUAGAAGACCUUUUGAAUGACUUAAAAGCCGCAUUUUCACCUCACGAAAACGUUCAGGACCUCACAGCGAUGCUGUCUACCGUAACACAGAAAACUGAAGAGACUGCGGAAAAGUACGGGGUUUGCGUACGGAAAAUUUUGAAUAGACUGGUCACCGCGAUUGAGCAUGAUAACGCCCCCGAAAUUUCAUUUGGAAUGAUUCACGCAGCUCGAGCGUCCGCAAUUGUCAAUUUCUUACGUGGUUUGAAAGGAGACCUUGAGUUAAGAGUUCGCAUAAAAAAUCCGAAAGCAGCAGAGUGGGGGGUUGCUUACCAAAAGGGACUUCGUUUUGACAAUAUCUUGACAGAUAAUGAGGAAACGAAGAAAAUACUAAAACUCCAUCUCACGUUCAAGACAGAUUUAAUCCUUGAGAAAACAGACAUACCCUCUUCCAAAUAUAACUGAGAUUCUAGAUCAAUUAGGAAAGGCAAAAUAUUUUUCGGUAUUAGAUCUUGCUUCUGGAUUUCACCAGAUCCGGAAAAGGUCGAAGCAGUAUCGAAUUUCCCUCGUCCAAAAACGUGCAAAAAUGUUAAACAGCUUUUGGGGUUAGCCGGUUAUUACAGACGAUUUAUUCCAAAUUUUGCCACAAUUACAAAACCUUUAACAAUAUUGCUGAAAAAGACGACUGAAUUUCAGUGGGGGGAGGCACAAGAAAAUUCGUUUAACGAAAUAAAGAAGAUUCUAUGCUCUCAACCAUUAUUGCAGUACCCUGACUUUACUCGACCAUUUGUUAUCACAACAGACGCAUCCGGAUAUGCCUUGGGCGCUGUAUUGAGCCAAGGACCUGUAGGUAAAGAUCUCCCGAUUGCAUAUGCAUCCCGUACCUUAAAUGCCGCAGAGAUGAACUAUUCCACCACUGAAAAGGAAUUAUUGGCUGUAGUAUUCGCUGUAAAACGGUUUCGUCCUUAUGUCUUUGGUCGUACAUUUACCUUGAUUACUGAUCACCGUUCAUUAACCUGGCUUCAUAAUCUCAAAGACCCUGCUUCAAGGCUUGCUCGUUGGAAAAUAUGGCUCAGUGAGUACGAUUAUGAGUUUGAUUACAAGCCUGGUUCUUUAAAUGCAAAUGCUGAUGCACUUUCAAGAAAUCCUGUAGAUUCCACUGAAUUUCCUGAGGAAACUGAUCAUCGGGUGCUGAUCGUGCAUGAUCCGUUACCCGCUGCAGAAUCCGAACUCCCUGAAGACGACCUUUUGGUUGAACGUGUGUUCCUGUGUAAAGAGAAAGUGAGAAAUGUUGAGUUGAUAAAGGACAGUAACAGUGACUUGACGGACAAAGAAAGCUCCCGUAAUGGAGGCUCGUUUGAGGGACGCGUGAUACCCUCAAUUGCGAGUGGUUCGGUCGCCUCAGCGAGUAGUUAUAUAUCUCAAUGUAUGAGAGCUCCCCCUGGGGAAAGCUGUGUUGCGGCGGUGAAGCCCGCUCACAGGGAGGUGUGUACCUCAAGUUGCACAUCCUUCGGGAAAGGUGCGCGCAGAGGAAGCGUAUCAACUCUAGGAGCGAACCCUAAUGGGAACAGUUCCGUUGAGGGGAACGCAGGCCUCUUGCGAAGUAUAAACGUCUUGGAUCAGGCGCAACGCAGAAAGGAUCGAUGCCCCGGGAAGACGUGACUUCACCACGUAUUGAGUGUGAGAAAUGUGAAAUUGGCCAAGACGAUUUGACAAAGACAAGAAAGAGACGAAUUGCAGAAAACGAAAGUUUUACAGAAGUAAAGAAAGAGUUGUGUAAUGGACCACGUUUUCCUAAAAGAAUUCCUAUUCUAAUCACAAAUCCCAGAUCAAUAUUGAGACCCAUUAUCCAAAAUAGCACUGAUACGAUAAUGAUGAGAGAUGAUAACAAGAUAAAUUUCAUUUCUGCAGAUUGUAUUUUGACAACUGCUGUUGGAAGAGAUUUGAUGAAUUCAGGUGAAUUCCACUUGCAGACUUUGAAAGCAGAGGAACCAGAAUUAGGUCAAGUAGUAGUGACUAGAAACAAGAAAAAUUAUAUUUUUCACCUGUUCAUACGUGAAAAAUUCGAUGAUAAAAUUUUCAUGAAAAAUAUCGAGUUAGCAGUAGAAGCUCUGAAACAAGCUACUAAAGCUUUAAAUGUGAAGAAUUUCAGUAUAUCGAAAGUUGGGAAUGGACUAGGAAAUUUCUCAUGGAUAUUAGUUGAGAAAAUAUUUCGUGCUUACUUUGGAAAGGAAGAUUAUCAGAUAACUGUUUGUGCCGGAACAGUCAGAACUCCACCUGAAACAGAACGUCCUUUGAUCAUAGCUGAAAAUCAUGACUCCGUUAGUGGAGGACAUAAAGGAGAGACAAAAACCUACGAGCGAAUAAGACAGUCAUAUUAUUGGAAAAACAUGAAAAAUGAUAUACAUGAUUACGUCAAAACGUGUAGUUCGUGUCAACGGAAGAAACUAAUUCGAGUAAAAACUAAACAGCCGAUGAGAAUCACUGAUACCCCUACUAAGGUAUUUCAGAAGUUACAAAUCGAUAUCGUAGGCCCUUUACCCUUAACCGAGACAGGUAAACGGUAUUUACUGACCUGGCAGGAUUGUUUAUCGAAAUAUUCGGGAGGCAUCUCUUUGUCCAAUGUUGAAGCACCUACUAUUGCUAUCGCAUUCGCAGAAGCUUUCAUUUGCUUAUAUGGAUGUCCCGAAUCUAUUCAAACUGACCAAGGUAGCCAGUUCCUCAGUGCGAUUAUGAUUAACAUUGCCAAAAUCUUCAAGAUCAGACAAUUCAAAUCAACCUCUUUCCAUCCACAAUCGUUAGGAUCCCUCGAGAGAAGUCAUCACACAUUCAUCGAAUAUCUGAAACAUUAUUGUACACAGGUUAAUUGGGAUCCUUGGUUACCAUUUGCAAUGUUUUCUUUCAAUACUUCACUUCAUGAGUCAACUGGAUUUACACCUUACGAAGUUGUCUUUGGUAAUAAAGUUAGGCUUCCCUCUGAAUUCACAGAAGAAAAGGUACCGCUUACUUACAUAGAAUUGGUUGACAAUUUAUUGAUCAGGUUAUCUGAGACCCAAUCGACGGUUAUCUCUAGACUAGAAGCUGCAAAAAGACGAUGUAAAAAAUACUAUGACCGUAAACUGAAUACAAAGAAUUUUAAGGUAGGACAAUAUGUCUACCUACUCAAAGAACCGAGAACUAACAAGUUUGAUGAUCACUAUAUUGGUCCCUUUUUAAUAAAUCAAAUUUUCAGAGAUAAUAAUGUUGAACUGCAAAUCAGUCAAACUAAAACAAGGAUAGUUCAUAUGGAUAAAUUAAAACAUGCAUUUCUCAGAUUGGAUGACGAAGAUUAAUAAUAAAACUGAAUUUUAAAUCUUAAUUACGUAAUAAUCUUACUUUCAAGACGUUUGAUUAAGCCUUUUAUAGAUUUUAAUUGAUUCGCGAAAUCAGAUUGUGUAGUUUACUAGUAACAUAACCUGAAAGGUAAUUGGAAACUAGAUCUAUUUACCAUAAUAUCGAUUCCUUUACAAUAAUUAACCAUGCUUUUGAAAAAUUCACUGAGUUCUUGCACUGCAAAAUUAUAGUAUACAACACCCCUUGUUUAUCACUUUCGUUAUCACUUCUUAGUCCACGAUGUUUAUCCUACGAUUCCACCAUAUCACUACACUACACCACGGCGACCACACGCGUAAACCUAUGAACAUAAAAGUUGUUUCAUUGAAACAUCUUUUCAAUAAGGGGGAAGGUGUGACGAAUGCGUAAUUCGUCACCAGAGUGCGCUGAUUUCUGCGCUAAGAACCGCGAAUUUGCGAAUUUCGUACUUUAGCAUUUCAUACGGAUUUGAUAAUUUGAUCAUUGAAAUAUUAACAAAUGAGAGGAACGUGACGGACUUGGGUGACUAAUAUAUAAGUAUAGCAUAAACAAUAACCGCUAGUCGAUAAGAAAUAUGAACGUAUUGACUAACUCAUUCUUAUAGUUUACAUUAUAAUAAUCUCCAUACGUUGAAAUGUAUCGGAAUAAGGCUUUCUUUGAUUUCUUAUAUAAAUAGUUCUAGUAUUCCAAUACGAUACUUUUACCCACUUUCAUCUUAUAAACAUUAGGCUAGGACAUAUCCUUCGUCACUCUUAUGCUAAGGACCUAGAAUAAUAAGGGCAUUGUGUGGUUGCGAAGCGAGCGUGUGAAACCGAAGCGUGGGUCGCGAGACCCCAGAAUUCGAAUGAGUGGGAGAAUGAAGAACAACGUGAUUGGUCCGCGUAUGAGCGGAGCGUACCGAGUCUGCGCGUGAGAAUCAAAAGAUUUGUGAGACUAAAAGUCGAACGGAAUAGAAUUAAGAGAGAACAUUGUUGUCAGCCGAAGAGUCAAGAUCCAUAUUUUCGUCAAUAUAUUCAUAAAACAUUUAAA